AUGUUGGUGACAAAACCGGUUGCAGAGCUUUGCGCUCUGCUCGUCGAUGAGCUCCAUGGAGAACUCCCUUCUAGAAUAUUUGCGAUUCUCGUUAGCAAAGGUCGCUCGACCGUCCUCCAAUUAUCACAAUACACCUCGAUGACUCCUCGCCAGGUUCGCCAUGGCCUCGCGGUGCUUCAGCAACACAACCUGCUAUACUACCACGUCGAUCCCGGCUCCGAGCUCGCCUCGUACGAAGCAAACCCCGAAAAUGCCUACAACCUCAUCCGCACCGGGAAAAUUCUCGAGAUGAUAGAUACCUCCUUUGGGGCGGCUGCAAAGGACGUCAUGCAAAACCUCCUACUCUCCGGGCAGACUAGGAUAUUGGACCUGGUCGCUGCGUAUCGAGAGAAAAUCGAACAUGCGGCCAAGACAGCGAAUGGGGCGGAGGACGAUGACGGCAUCGCGGCUGAGACCAACGGCAUCAAUGGGGAUUCCCACAACACGAAGAAGGGUGCGCUAGUCAUCAAAAGCACGGCGCAGCUCAAUACCGUCAUCUGUCGUCUCGUCGAGGCCGAAUUGAUCGACGUUGUGCACGCCAGGACCUUUCAUACCUCGGACGAUAUCCUGAAGUCGGUCGAGAAGGAGGCCAUGGCCAAGCAGACUGCUCAAGGAGCAAAGGGAGGGAAAGGCAAGCUCGAACUGCAGGAAAACAUUGCCGAGGGUCUGCGCAAGGUCCGCGCAGAGUCCAAGUCUCUCAAACGAAAGCUGGAGCAAAAUGGCUCGGCCGCAAAGAGGCGGCGGCUUUUUUCCGGGCUCGAAUCGACGAAUGGAGUCCACGAGGAGGAGACAGACCCAAUUCUCGAUCCGCGACAAGUCAUUCGCAUCAACUACGAGAAGUGUCUCGUCGAUUUGCGGAACCGCCGAUUAGUCCAAUAUGCGACCGACAUGCUCAGCGAAACGACCGCGUACGUGUAUGGUGUCCUCUUGAAGCUUCUCACAAAGGACGUCCCCCGUUGCCGCGCGGACCCAAUCAUGGAUGUUGGGGAAGACCAAGAUGACGAUAACGAUAAGAAUCCGGGUUUCGUCACCACCGACCAAAUUCUUGACAAUCUCAAAACUUCAGUCGACCUCUCUCUUGGAGUGGGGAAGGCUGAAAAACACCAAAUUUCUUUCUCGGCUGCAGAGGAAGUCCAACUAUACCCGCCAAAGAAAAAGGCACUGAUCGAAGAAGUAGAAGUAGUCGGCGAGGCGAGUGCAGACGAGGAAGAAGACAGUGAAUCCGAGGGAGAGCCAGAUUACGACUCGGAUUACAAGGACUCGGCGGCGACAAAUGGUACCCAUGAUGAGAAUGGGAUCAAUGGUAUGAACGGAAUCAAGGGCACAAACGGCGGCACAAACGGUACGAAGGUUACAUUUGAUGAAUCUGCAGCGCGCAAGGAGCGUAAAAUGGACCGACCAACCCAACUCCGGCAGCACCUCCUCAUACUAGCGGAGAGCACACAGGGAUUUGUACGCCAUUGCGGCAGAAACGAGUGGACCGUCGACUUUGUCCCGAUCAUCAACUCGCUUCGUGAAGUCGAGCUCGACUCAGUCAUCGAGCGCACUUGCGGCCGGCAAGGCCUACGGCUUGUUCGCAUCCUCCGCGCCAAGGGUAAGCUCGACGAGAAGGCACUUCCCAACGUGGCGCUCAUGCGUAAACCUGAGCUCCAACAAAAGAUGCUUGAGAUGCAAACCGCCGGCUUCGUCGCCGUGCAGGAGGUGCCGCGUGACGUCAAGGCCGACGUCAAAAAAUCCUUCUUCCUCUGGUUUUGCGAUGUCGACCGCUCACUGAGCCAGAUGCUCGAUACAAGCUACCGCACCAUGGUGCACUGUUUACAGGUGCUAGAGGCGUUGCGCCACAAGGAGCGUGACGUCCUUGAGACAACGAAGCGCUCGGAUGUCCGCGGUCGCGAGAAAGAUACCAUGCGCAAGUCAUACUACGAGCGGUACUCACGGUUUUUGGAGUGCGAGCGAAAGCUGUUUGCGCAGGUCAUGCGUGUAGAUGAUCUCGUUUCCGUGUUAAGGGAUUUUUAG